GUCUCGGGAUUUCCUGGGAAAUGCCCAGGGUCGCCCUAGCUUCUCAAGGCUGAAGACUAAGACCCUGAUCUCGAAAGUCUCGGCUGCAUAGGGUAGCACUUUGCCCGAAUGGUAAACGGUAGGGAGGAAGGCCAUGGGUAUUAGAUCUCACCAGCUCCCGGCUAAAGGAUUGAAUCCCUAGACCUCCUCGCGACCUCUCUCGAGCAGUUAUAAUAACUCUUUCACUUCCUCGCCAUGUCGAUGCAAACCACGGUCACUCGGCGCGCGCAGCACUACUCCCUCUCUACCACCAUGGACCCAGCUGCGGAGAAGGAAGAACGUAAACGCGAAUAUAACCGCCUGGCGCAACGAGAAUUCCGGCGAAGGAGAAAGGAACAUUUAAAGACGCUAGAACAAGCGCAGAGGGAACAGAGCACAGAACAGACAGAGGAGAUCGAGCGCCUUCGGCACCAGAAUGAGGAACUCAGAAGAGAAAACGAAGCUUUGAAAGCCCAGAUCUACGGCCCAUCAUCAUCUUCAAGUCACGAUCUCAUGUCCAACCCUCUCAGUGUACCGCCUCUCUCAAACGAGCGCGCCUAUUCUCUCUCCCCCUCGAUCUCAGCUGCUUCGAUGUCGGGGGCGGGCAGCCCACCACCUUCUCUUGGUUCUGGCAUGAUGGGUCUCACUUUAACAUCUACCAUGCUGCCGCCGAGUCUGGUAACUUACGCCGAUCCCUCUGCUUUGUCAGAUCAGCCGUACUCUAUGGUACCUCCAUCUGGUAUCCGUCAUAGUUCACAAAGCUCACCUGAGUCCUCAGGGUACGGAAGUUCUCGACCUGCGAUGGGAGCCUCUUUUCACAACCUGAAUGUUCCCGGGACGAUUCCAACACAAGCAUCUCACUUGCCUCACUCAAGGGGGUCCGGCUCCCAAUUAUCCUCAACUAUGAUGGGCCCCUAUAGUCGCAGCAAAGCCAAAGCUGAUAUUAUGGAGAUGUUCCGGCCGUUGACCUCGGAUCCAUCUGUCGCUACCUCAUCCGAGCGGCAUUUAGCGGUCUUAAGGUCUCUGAGCGAUAGUCUGCCCGGGGUCUUGAAACCAAGCAAGAACCAGCUGGAGACGCCUCACUACUAUGGAAUCGACCUUGUCCCCUCGCCAUCACUACGGGAACGUCUCCUGAAUGUUACCGCAGACGUAGCCCAGACCUUCCUUUCCGAGAUCGGUAUCACCAGCGGCGGCGAACGCAAUGAGAUGGGUCAGUUAAUCGUCUGGGGUGACGACGCUUUCAACGAGACGACGUGGGAAUUCUCGCAGACGACGUUGGAGCGCUGGGGCUGGUUCUUGGGACGCGAAUGGGUGCAGCGGAGUAACUUCUGGCGACAGCAACGAGGCGCACCUCAGCUCCCAGAUUGGUAGGCAGGCUGGUGGUAGAAGCGGCCGGGGGGGAUUGGGAUAGCAUAGCGAAUGGCGUUGGCAUCAAUCAUCACGGGUUAGUCAUGAUUAUGACGGGUUACGAGGAAAUGGAAAGGAAAAUAGAAAAACGUGCAUCAUCAUAAUCGUAGUUAGGAUUAUGCUGGGGUUCCAACGUCCUUAUGUGAGGGAAAGGGAAAAGAAGAAGAAUAAAAGUUAGUUAUGGGGGUCCUAUAUACAAUUGACAUCCACUCAUCAGUCAGUAC